AUGAGAGGUGUACAGUUAUCUGGAGGUCAAAAGCAAAGAGUAGCAAUAGCAAGGGCUCUCGUACGACAUCCCUGCAUACUCCUUCUUGAUGAGGCGACGAGUGCACUUGACAAUGAAAGUCAAAAGUUAGUACAAGCGGCUCUGGACAGUGCUUCAGUAGACCGUACAUGUGUACUCAUAGCGCAUCGCCUAACCGCAGUGCGAGACGCCCACAAAAUAUGUGUGCUCCACGAUGGGCGCGUUGCAGAGCUCGGGACGCAUGAGCAGCUCAUUCAACUCAGAGGAUUAUACUCUAACCUCGUCAUGAAGGGACUUUAA